CAGCAUUCCGACCCUUACACCAGAGCGAGACUGUGGAUAUAAAAAGGGACGAGGAGGGACCUGCCAAGCGGUCACUCAAUCACCCAUCGCUUUCAACAACAUAGUUCUCUUCACCAGAUCAACUCCAAUCUCACAUUGACACUAUAUCACACUCUCACCUCACUCAUACUCCCCUUCACCCUCUUGCCAUGUCCAAACUCCUCGUCAUCCUCGGAGCCACCGGUAAUCAAGGCGGAUCGGUCAUCCGGUCGAUCCUAGCCGACCCUCAAGCCAAGUCUCAAUUCUCACUUCGAGGCAUCACACGAGAUCCAUCGUCUGCAAAGUCUCAGAAACUGUCUUCGCAAGGUGUCGACUUGGUCAAGGCGGAUCUGGACGAUACCGAAUCGCUGAAAAGGGCAUUCGAAGGUGCUCAUGGUGUUUUCGCAGUGACAGACUUCUGGUCACUCGGAGACAAUGCAAAGGAACGUGAGACUCAACAGGGUAAAAACAUUGGCGAUGCGGCCAAGGCAGCGGGAGUCAAGCAUUUGGUGUACAGUAUGCUUUACAACGUGAAUGAUGCAACCAAGGGGCGACUCAGCAAAGUCUACCACUUUGACUCAAAAGCCGACGCUGCAGACUACAUCGACAGUCUCGGUGUACCCAACACUAAAUUCAUGCCUGGAUACUUCCUCUCCAACUUCGUCACUGGCUUUAAUCCCAAUCCUCAGACAGGAGCCCUCACUCAAUUCAUUCCCAUCAGCCCUUCUAGCAAAGUUCCAAUUUUCGACGCCGAGGCCGAUACCGGCAAAUUUGUCAAGGCAAUCUUUUUGAAGCCUGAUCAGACUCUUGGGAAGCAUAUCAAGGCAGCGACGGCAUACCUCACAUACGAUGAGAUUGCAUCCACCUUGGCCAAACUUCGACCCACCAAAGCCAAGGGGGCGUCUGCGGUUCAGAUCCCGAGGGAGAACUUUCUUCAGGCUCUUGAGGGUAGAGGCAUGCCUCAAGCUAUCGCCGAAGAUUUGACUCAAAUGUUUGAGUUCAUCGAGAACCCAGGAUACUUCAGAGGCGAGCAGCUCUCGACUGAUAUACUGGAUGAACCGGCUACGACAUGGGAGCAGUUCAUUGAAAAGACGCAGCAGUGGAACGAGUAGAUAUAGCAGGGACAAAUUAGAUCAUUCUCUCCCUUGUAUGCAUGCGGCUCUCACGUAC